AUGAACAAACUUCGAAAGGCAUUCGAGAAAAGACGCUUAAAGUCCGUCAAUCUGGACUUUGACGCCCGCGUUCCUAUCCCCUUCAGUGUCUUCCCGUCGUCGUACCGGAGUGACGCUGUCUCUGAAACUACUCAGACGAGAGUAGAGGAGGAAGUCAAUUUCGAUCGUACUUCGCGCGUCGAACGGGAAGAUACUCGAGGUUCUGCUCCCCUUCCCGCUCCCAGAAAGGAAGAAGUCGAGUUCCGUGUGAAAGAAGAGCGUCCGCACGUCCACGAAGAGCACCCCCAGUACACGCAGCACUCGCAGCAGUACACGCAGCACUCCCACUCCCACUCCGAGCACCAGCCGUCGGACAACUACGCCCCUGAGGUUGAGCUCACUCGUGAACGCUACCCCAGUUACCAACAACCUUCUGUCAACUACGAGGAACAGACUCCAGUCUACGAUAAAGUCGUCGAGAACCAACUCGACCUCACUGAACGUGACUACCGUCAACGUACCUCUCCCUCUUACGACCUCGACGUCUCUUACGACCGUCGUUAUCGUCAACCCGUAGAUUCUGCCUACGGUUACCAGUCUGAGUCUCACGACGUUUCGUACGACCGGACCCCUCAGCCCCAGACCGACUCUUACAGAGCCGACGACGUCUAUCUUCAGGAAGUUCAGCCCCGUGCUCGUUCUUCCCCUUCAAGCAAAGUAAAGGUUUCUCACUCUACUUCUACCCUUGACACCGCCCCCUCUCGCAAAAUGGGUUACUACGACGAGGACGGCCAGUACCACUCUUUCCGCCGCGGCGUUGAGCGCGCUGCCGACCGUGUCAUGCACCCCUUCUCCCACUCUGACCGUGAGCAGUCUCACGCCGGCGAGGCCAUUGUCCCCGCCCGUGAGAACGUCCGCGUUGUCGAGCCCCGCAACCACGGCAAGGCUGGCGAGACCGUCCCCAUCCCCUGCCACUUCAUCCGCGUCGGCGACAUCCUGAUCCUCCAGGGCCGCCCUUGCCAGGUCAUCCGCAUCUCGGUCUCCCCCCAGACCGGCCAGCACCGCUACCUCGGUGUCGACCUCUUCACCCGCAAGCUGCAGGAGGAGUCCAGCUUCGUCGCCAACCCCGGUCCCUCCGUGGUUGUCCAGACCAUGCUCGGUCCCGUCUUCAAGACCUACCGCAUCCUCGACAUCCGUGACGAUAACCGUCUCGUUGCCAUGACCGAGAGCGGUGAUGUCAAGCAGGGUCUCCCCGUCAUCACCCAGGGCCACCUCUUCAAGCGCAUCAGCGAGGCCUUCUCCGAUGGCCGUGGCUCUGUCCGUGCCCUCGUCAUCAACGACGGUGGCCGUGAGCUCGUCGUCGACUACAAGGUCAUCCACGGCUCCCGCCUGUAA